UUUCUUGGUGGAAUGACACUUUUGUCUUCAUACAAUGUCCCUCUUGGUCUCUGGUAAGUUUGUUUUCUCUGAAGUAUACUUUAUCUGGUAUUAAUAUAGUUGGGAAAUGAGGGUGUCAAUAGAAGUUCAGGUUCCCCAGCCAGCUGCUGUUGGCACCUAAGAUGGGGCUCCUUGUUACUGAUGGGUGGGGAUGGGAGUUGUAGGCCCCAUGUGGUCUCCACUGACACCACAAUGGGGUGGCCUCGUUGCGGGCUGACUUACUUGCUACUCGCUACUCAGUCUUUCCUGACAGCACCCCAGAGGGGGGAUGGAGGGAUACCUUGUUACUGCCAGCAGGGGGUGGAAGUCCAGGCUCCCCAGUGACACUGGAAAGGCGAAGGCACUUGUCACAGAGCAGUGUGGGUGAAUGUCCUGGCUCUCUACUUUGCUCUGAAACUAUCUCUGGAGAGAGUGUAGGGUCACUUCCUUACAGCCCGCCAAGGGUAGAAGACUAAGGCGCUCCACUUGGCCUUUGAGGUGUCAGGAUAAAACUGCAGCUUUUCUCCUGUGGUGUUUGGCUUAGAUUGGGCUAUUAUUGUGUGAGAGUUUUCUGUCUCGUCAGGCUCCUCCUUUCCUUCUUGGCUAUAGAGAGCAAGGUUUUCUGGAGGCUUUUUUUUUUUUUUUGGUCAGUGUCUCUUGGUGUUUCUGAGUUACCAGCUUCUCGCCUCCAAGUCCCAAAUACAUGAGGCAAAAAGAAAACGCAGAGAAUUCACCACUGUGUUGUCCUUUGGGAUCUGAGGUCCCUAGCUGGUCUGCCUUCUGCUCUUCAAAUUUCAGAAUUUUAUCUUAUGUUCAUUUUAUGUAUAAUGUCUAGGGUUUUUCGUUGUACUUACUGAAAGAAAUAGAGAAAAGUAUAUCUACCCCAUCAUGCCAGAAGUAGAAGUUCCAGAAUGCUUCUUUUCAAAAACAUCUAAUUUAUGGGUGCAUGUUUACUUAAAAAUGGAAUAAAUGUGAAUAUUGAAAUUAUGAAGAUUUGCAUAUUCUGACUUUAACCAGUCAGUAUCUGUAACAAGAACGUUAAGUACUUUCCGUAAAAUACAUCGUUUUCUUUCACAUUGUAAAUGAUCACUUGCCCAGGAAAAAUUACUAACAUCCUGUUUUUACUAAAUGUGCCAUUUUGUUUUGGAUGCAAUCGUUUCUUUUGGAGUAAUAGGCAUUGAACAUCAAAACUCCUCUUCUGUUUUAAGCACACUAUGAUUUUACUGUCUCUCUAUGGUGAAGAACACUUGUAACUGUAACUAAGGAGGCAGAGAAAGUCAUAAAAGAUGUUAAACAUUUCCUUAUCCUCAGUUGGAAUGACUAAAGAGCAAUUUAAAAGUUCAUGAAUUAGCACAUUGUACUCAAACUUGCUCCUGGUUAAAUUGGCCACAUGUGUAGAGUAAAAUAUCUGUAGAAGCUAAAGUUUAUAUGAUGCUUAUGUUCCUGAAAAGAUGAUCCCAAUAAAAGGGCUAAGCCUGCACAAAAGAAAACAAAAACCGUAUUUGUUCAAAUAAAAAUUUACAAGGGGUGAUUUGCAAUGUUCAUGUUUGAUAAGUGAAGUCAAAUUUCUCUGAAUCAAAUUUUUAGUUCUGAAUGUUGGGCACAGCUUUCCCAGUGUUUUCUAGGAUUGAGGUACAAGAAAAUAACUAUUGAAUUGGAAAAAAACAAACAACCCAGCCAAAAAAUAAAGCAAAACAAAAUGUGAAUGGUGCCUGGCUGUUUCUGGGGAAUGAAUGGGAAGAAGUUAAUUUUCCUACCAUGCUCACUUAGAUGACUCAUCGGCUUCCAUUUCAUUCUCCCUUUUGGCUGGAUUCUGGUGGCACCAUUACCAUGGAGGAGCAGAUUGUCCUUGUCCUGAAAGCUAAAGUACAAUGUGAGCUCAACAUCACAGCUCAGCCCCAGGGAGGAGGUAAAGAGGGAAAUUGUUUCCCAGAAUGGGAUGGACUCAUUUGUUGGCCCAGAGGAACAGUGGGGAAAAUAUUGGCUGUCCCAUGCCCUCCUUAUAUUUAUGACUUCAAUCAUAAAGGAGUUGCUUUCCGACACUGUAACCCCAAUGGGACGUGGGAUUUUAUGUACAGUUUAAAUAAAACAUGGUCUAAUUAUUCAGAGUGCCUUCGCUUUCUGCAGCCAGAUAUCAGCAUAGGAAAGCAAGAAUUCUUCGAACGCCUCUAUGUCAUGUACACAAUUGGAUAUUCUGUCUCCUUUGGUUCCUUGGCUGUGGCUAUUAUCAUCAUUGGUUACUUCAGACGAUUACAUUGCACUAGGAACUAUAUCCACAUGCACCUGUUUGUGUCUUUCAUGCUGAGAGCCGUAAGCAUCUUCGUCAAGGACAAAGUGGUCCAUACUCACAUAGGAGUAAAGGAGCUGCAGUCUCUGGUAAUGCAAGGUGACCUGCAGAGUUCCAUGGAAGUGCCUUCUGUGGACAAGUCACAGUAUAUUGGGUGCAAGAUUGCUGUUGUGAUGUUUAUUUACUUCUUGGCUACAAAUUACUAUUGGAUCUUGGUGGAAGGUCUCUACCUGCAUAGUCUAAUCUUUGUGGCAUUCUUUUCGGACACCAAAUACCUGUGGGGCUUCACCUUGAUAGGCUGGGGGUUCCCGGCAGCAUUUGUUGCAGCCUGGGCUGUGGCGCGAGCGACUCUGGCUGACGCAAGAUGCUGGGAACUUAGUGCUGGAAACAUCAAGUGGAUUUAUCAAGCUCCAAUCUUAGCAGCUAUCGGGCUCAAUUUUAUUCUGUUUCUGAAUACGGUUAGAGUUCUGGCUACCAAAAUCUGGGAGACCAAUGCAGUUGGGCAUGACACAAAAAAGCAAUACAGGAAACUCGCCAAAUCGACCCUGGUCCUGGUGCUGGUCUUUGGAGUGCACUACAUCGUGUUCCUGUGCCUGCCCCACUCCUUCGCCGGGCUGGGCUGGGAGGUCCGGAUGCACUGUGAGCUCUUCUUCAAUUCCUUUCAGGGUUUCUUUGUGUCUAUCAUCUACUGCUACUGCAACGGGGAGGUUCAGUCCGAGGUGAAGAAGUUGUGGGGCCGGUGGAAUCUCUCCAUCGACUGGAAAAGGACGCCCCCAUGCGGCGGCCACCGAUACGGCUCCGUGCUCACCACCUUGACCCACAGCACCAGCAGCCAGUCGCAGGUGGCUGCCAGCGCUCGCAUGGUGCUCAUUUCUGGCAAAGCCACCAAGACAGCCGGCCACCAGCCCGACAGCCACGUGACAUUACCCGGCUAUGUCUGGAGUAACUCGGAGCAGGACUGCUUGCCACACUUGAUCCACGAGGAGACCAAGGAAGGUAACGCCAGGCGAGGAGAUGAGAUUCCAAUGGCGGAGUCUCCCAGGCCGUUGGAAUUCAACCCAGACCCUGAAGGAAGCAGAGGAGAAACGGAGGAUGUUCUCUGAGUCAACAUCUGUGACUUUAAAGAGCUGGUCCCUCAGGUUGUGUGAGAGAAGCUUGGCUGGCAUUCCUCUGCUUGCGCCCCAGAACUGAAAAUUCAGGGUUCAAAGUGUUAUUUCACAAAAAUUUUCAGGUUGCAUGAAUUUGAUCCUAUAAAUCCUAAAGACACAAAAGAAGAAGUGUCAGUGGAGUAGUUUAUUCUCUCAUGUUGGCAUCAAGUUCUCUUCCAAAUUGUUGUGCGACAAAUUGCUCUGUGAUUGUUCAUUUUUCUGCUGCUCUUGGGUAGAAAACGUUUCACUCCCUUGGCUCUGGUUUUCUCUCAUAAAUAUCACCCUAAGUAUGAUAGAGAUCAUUCAGUAUGUGUCGUUUCCCUUUUCAGAUAUGAGCAUUCUGUUUUUCUCUUUCUCAUUUUAAGGUUCUUCUACCGUUGCAUUUCUUUGGGGGAUGCAGGGGAGCAAUUAGGGUCUGAAGAUGUACAUUGAAACGUGAGCUAAGAACACACACACACUGGAAAAUAAGGGGCUGGGCUUUGAUAAGAUAAUACAUUUGUGACAUAUUUGUUUCUUUCUAGGAACAAGGAGAAUUACUCAAAAAAGUAUUGCACAUAUUCCUUCUUUUGAAUGUCUCCUUUGUGACCAGCCAAAUCUCAGGUCUUCUUCACUCCUCUGUAAAGCUUGACAUGUCACACGGUUUUCCCCAUUAGCUUGUGUCUGCAGGCUGAUUGUGUUUGUAAUCGUUUGUAUGGCUGGUAAGGCACACAGCAUCCGUGACUUUUGUUCUUUGUUCUGUUGCUACAUUCCAAAUGGCAUGUGGGAUAAAUUAAAAGUUUGUUUUAAAAA